UGGGCCGGGUGUGUGGCGAGCCGGAGCCCGGAGCAGCCGCCUGGGCCGGGCGGGCCGGUUCCCCCCGUCUCCCAGAGCUCGGCGCAGGGAGCCCCCAGCCCGUCCCGCUCGGAGCGGCGGCCCCAUGGAGAGCGCGCGGCCUGGCGGGGCCCCCCCCGGGGCCGGGCCCGGCUCCUUCCCCGCGCUCUUCCCCCCGGGGCUGCACGGCAUCUACGGCGAGUGCCGCCGCCUCUACCCCGAGCAGCCCAACCCGCUGCAGGUCACCGCCAUCCUCAAGUACUGGUUGGGGGGACCAGAUCCUCUGGACUACGUUAGCAUGUACAGGAACUUGGGAAACCCAGCAUUGAAUGUUCCUGAGCACUGGCAUUAUGUCAGCUUUGGGUUAAGUGACUUGUAUGGAGACAACAGAGUUCACGAAUUUACAGGAACGGAUGGGCCAAGUGGUUUUGGAUUCGAGUUGACGUUUCGAUUAAAGAGAGAAACAGGGGAGUCAGCGCCACCUACGUGGCCGGCAGAGUUAAUGCAAGGCUUAGCCAGAUACGUCUUCCAGUCAGAAAAUACCUUCUGCAGUGGCGACCAUGUAUCAUGGCACAGUCCUUUGGACAACAGUGAAUCCAGAAUCCAGCAUAUGCUGCUGACUGAAGAUCCUCAGAUGCAACCAGUACAGACCCCUUUUGGGGUUGUUAAUUUCCUACAGAUCGUUGGGGUUUGCACUGAGGAGCUGCAUGCAGCACAGCAGUGGAACGGACAGGGGAUCUUGGAGUUGCUUCGGACUGUGCCCGUUGCUGGAGGCCUGUGGCUGAUAACCGAUAUGCGAAGAGGAGAGACCAUAUUUGAGAUUGAUCCGCAUCUGCAACAGGAGAGAGUCGAUAAAGGGAUUGAGACAGAUGGCUCGAACCUGAGUGGAGUGAGCGCCAAAUGUGCCUGGGAUGAUCUGAGCCGGCCCCCAGAGGAUGACGAAGAUAGUAGAAGCAUUUGCAUUGGAACGCAGCCACGACGGCUGUCUGGGAAAGAUACAGAGCAAAUCAGGGAGACUUUGCGGAGAGGGCUUGAGAUUAACAGCAAACCUGUUCUACCUCCAAUAAACGCACAAAGACAGAAUGGGUUGAACUAUGAUCGAGCACCAAGCCGUAAGGAUAGUUUAGAGAGCGAGAGCUCAGCAGCUAUCAUUCCUCACGAGCUAAUCCGCACAAGACAGCUUGAGAGCGUGCACCUGAAAUUCAACCAGGAGUCUGGAGCACUGAUUCCACUUUGUCUAAGGGGCAGGCUGUUACAUGGACGGCACUUUACAUAUAAAAGUAUUACAGGGGAUACAGCAAUCACAUUUGUAUCGACAGGAGUAGAAGGAGCCUUUGCUACAGAGGAGCAUCCUUAUGCAGCCCAUGGGCCUUGGUUACAAAUCCUGUUGACUGAAGAGUUCGUAGAAAGAAUGCUGGAAGACUUAGAAGAUCUGACUUCUCCCGAGGAAUUUAAACUUCCAAAAGAGUACAGCUGGCCUGAAAAGAAACUGAAAGUCUCCAUCUUACCAGAUGCUGUGUUUGACAACCCUCUGCAUUAGAGCUGAAUUACACCCUUCUGACAUCUGGGAGAGCCAAGUGACUGUACAUUGCUCAGUGACUCACAGGAUAAUUAAUGCAGUAAGAACUAUGCCUUCAAAUAAAGUAGAUUGCUGCACAACCACUGCAAACAGAAGAGUUACACAACACCAACCCAGACAGAACUGGACAGUGCUGGGCCACUUCUUCCCCAUCCUUUCCUGGGCUGAACUCUCCGGGAACAGCCUGCGUAUGUUUGAGUGCAAGUGAGAAAUAUUUAACUAUGAAAAGUAGUGGUAAGAAUUUUUUCCCUGUUCUAGCUGGCUACAAAUAUCCCUGCAGUCUUCGCCCAGGGUGUAGAUACCUUGUACGCCUGUAUUUACAUACGCACUCUGCCAGGUGCAAGCCCAUGGAUUAAAUGUUCUCUACGUGACUUUGGAAUCCUUUUGGUUAGCCAAACUUUUACCGAUUGCAGAACUAUUCCUCCAGGGGCUGUUUUGUCUUUUCAGAAACGGAAUGGUGUUAACGAGGCCAGAAGCUCGCACGCUUCAUUUAAAGAUGAACUCUCAAGUUUAGUCAAAAAACAAACCCAAACCCUCCCUGCUGCUAGGAUUCGGAAAGGUCUGAGCGUUGAGCUCGGUCUGAUUAGCUCUGGUAUCGCUGCAAACAGAGGCAACUUUCUUCUUGCACAUCCUGUCCUAGCGUAUGAAUGUAUGCAUGAGCCCCGGAGAAGGUUGUGACCUCUGCUUUUGCACAAGCAGGAGGAAGAGAGACUACCGGGGCAGAGGAGGAGAUCUCCUGUUUACAGAAUGUUUAUCUUUCAAGGGAUGCUGUCAAGUAUUUUUUCCUUGCUAUUGUACAGAAUCCCUUUGAAUCCUAGAAGUGGGAAAGGAUCUGUAUGUUCCGAGGGGCCACGCUCCAGGAACCAGAGGGCUGCUCUAAAUUGUUUAAUAUGGAGAUCGGAUCCACCCUCCCCAUCAACAGAGAGAGCCACCAGCAGAGUCCUGGAAGAAAGCCCUACCUGCACUACAAAACAAACCCUGCUGGGGACCCGCUUACAGCACAGUUGUCCUUAGCACAGUUCCAUCUUACCAGACUCUGUGUUCGACAACCUGUGUGCACAUGGGACCGUAGCCAUGUGCUAAGGAUUUGAACCUUGCUUUAACGAUUGGGGGAUGAGCAGGCUGUAACCGGGGCCCCCAAGUUAUAUUGUAGUAUGAGCUUCAGGCUCUGCUUCCAACAUGACACUCCCUCUUGGUCCCAGCGGCCUCCCUUAGACCAAGAUGGAGCACGUGUGCUGAGAGCUUUUGUCUCUGCAGGUUGCAUCCUGGUUCCGAAGAGCAGGCCGUUGGUGGGUGCAUUGCAGAUGGGCUGCAGGCUACCCCAUGCUUGAGUCCUUCCCCUGCCAAUCCUGGAUUGUUCUCUAAAGUAGAUUCACCAGUGCUUUCUCAGACAGAUUCACACUGGAAUACAGUCACUUCUAAUUAUGUGGGGGCAGAUUUCUCCCCCCACCCUUUCCCACUCACAAGCUAACAUGGCCGUUUCUUCGUCUCUGGUUGUACACAAUACAGUGGUCUUAACAUGGCUGUGGCAACAACUUUUAACCACUGACUGCCUUUGAUCAAACCGCAAUGGCUAAAACUGGCCCAUACCUCACAGAAGCUGGUUGUUGUUGUUGUCUUAAUUUCUUCCCAACAAAGUGGGAUUUUGUCAAGAUUUUUAAAAUAUAUUUUGGAGCUGGUUGCUGUAGGAUGUAUAGUCCUGUGGUUGAGGCAUGUAUCUAGGAGCCGAGAGGUCUGACUCUGGAUUUCCUGUGUGAGUGUAGGCAAAUCACUUCACUUCCUCCUCUGCAAAUGAGGAUAAUAUUCCUGGGGGGGGGGUUGGGAUGCCUAGACCAUUAGCAUCUGUGAAGUGGACCAAGAUUCUCAGAGGGAGGUACAAGUACCAUUAUUUUUAUUAUUAUUUAAGGAAAGCCAAAUCCAGAUCCUACGUUGCUUAACAGCUUCCUUUUUACAAAGCUAUGAAAGCAAUUUCGAUGUAAAUUAGUCUGUAAUUUUGUCUGAACUCAAAGGAUCAUCUUGAAAUGAUAUUUUUUAAGAGCAGAGUUUCCAAUCUCCGGGCCAGCCAGAGUGAUUUUUGUGUUGUGGCAGUCUGCAUUUAUCCAGGAGAAUCUUUGGCUGGCUUGCAGCGUCCCAUUUACUAUGAAAUGUGUAUGCAGUGCCGGUCUGUUCUGUUCCUUAAUGUUGGUGGGAGUUGUAGAUGCAUUUCCAGGGGCCAGUGGACUAGAGAGAGGCUGAAAAUUGGCAUGCAAAUCUACCAACCCAGGCACAAAAUAGACUCCCCUCCUCACCUCACUGUGAAGAAAUAGUGGCAUCAUGCCAAUCAGAAAAGGAGGAAAGCGGACAAUGAAGACUUUGCCCUAAAUCCACAGAUUUCAAAGAGCGGCCCAUGAACCAAACACUUGCCAGUGGUGUUUGGAGAACUGGCUGAUUGCCACAGGGCCGGCUCCUCUUCCUUCUUUCCAGCUGCGAAGUCUCAUUAAGAGAAGCUGAAAGCACAGGACUUUCCUAGAGUGAUUUGUCCAUGUCAGCAAUUGCUGCUGUUCCCACAGAAGUCACAAAGGGGCAGAGACCAGGAGGCCAUCUGAGUUCUGUCUCUCUGCCCUAACUCGAGUUGAGACUCUUUGAAACCUUCCCACGAGACACAUGAGCGAGUGCCGGACUGUAGGUAAAAUACUUUCUCUCUGCAGGAUUUUUCUCCAAAUCUGCCUCUCUCACAAUUGUUCUUCCGUUCUGCAUUCACUCCUGUUUAUCGCUGUGGGUUGGAUGUUGGUUGGUUUCAGAGGGGGAUGUGAAGGGACCACACUGAGGCUUGGCCUAGGCUACACAGGUAGGUCGAUGUAAGCUUCCUUGUGUCGACCUAGCUGUGGAAGUGUCUUCACUCCAGUUUGGCUCCUGACGAUGUAAGUGGCUGUCUACACCGAUUUACUAACAUCACCUUCCCAAGCAGGGUAGAGUCACAGUCCAUGUCAUUAGGUUGACCCAAUGUCAGUGUAGACACCGUGUCGCUUAUGUCUACUGUUAUUGGCUUUCAGGAGCCAUCCCGCAAUGCCCCACACGGACAAUACAAUCUAUACAGGCGCUCCUGGGGAGGAUGUGUGCUGCCAACACAAAUGCACACUCACGAGUGAUUUAAUAACUCCGGUGGCUGUCUGCCGUAAUAAAUUCAGUUGACAUAAUUUUGUAGUGUAGACAUGACCUGAGUGCUUUGGAAAUCCCAGCUAUACCCAUGUGUUUUUGUUUAUAUGUCAUGUAUUUAUAUCUAGUCAUCAGUAUUUGAGUUAUGACCAGUUGGCAAGAUAGGUACCUUUGAUUUGUAAGACACUUUCUCACAAACCCUAUUCUUAAAGCCUCGCUGGCUGCCAAAUUACAUUUUGUUUCAAGGGAAGGAAGUCGGGUCUUCCUAAUUAGUUUAGCAAAUAAAAACAAAACAAAACAAAUCACUGCUACAAUAGCAAUCUACGGCCUAUUGCCAGCCUCUCUGCAAGAGAUUCACUGGUGAAAGGAAACCUUUUGACUCUGUCCCACUCCUGUCUCCAUUCUUUUAGAACAAGAAAGUUGCACAUUAAUCAAUAUUUAGAGAACUCGUCACCCAUAACAUUUUUCCCUGUGUGCAGUUGAAGUUUGCAGCCGUGCCAAAGACUAUUCAGUUGGCAGCUAAAUGAGAUCUUGAGUUUUGAUACUUUUCUAGUUUUUGUCUUGGACAGGGGGAGGAGGGGUGACAUGGAAAAAAGAGAACUUUUGAAUAUAUAUAUUUUUAAAUGAGUAAAUGGCUUGAAAAGGGAAAUGCAUAAAUGUUAAUUCCAAGGUGGUUUUCCAGGCCAGUGUUGUUGAGAAUGGCAGUUCACUCAUGCUGCUUUUAGAUUUGUUCAGGCUGGCAGAGAUUUGAACAGGGAUUAUACAAAAACCAAAGCCAUGCAAUUUGUGUUGGGUGGAAGCGGCGAUCUGGAUGUAAAUUGCAUUUUAAAAUAAGUGUGUAGAGAUUUCUCUUCUCUCUACCCCCCCAAAAAAGAGAGAAAUCUUCCAAUGCAGAUAGAUAGGAAUACUUCCUUAUGGCAGACCUGUGAUGCCUUGAAAGUCUAUCAUGGGGACAGCCACCUUCAAACAAGGGAAAUCCCAAGAGCUGUAAACACUCUUGCAUUCACACACUUGUUUAAAAAAAAAAAAAAAAAAAUUACAGUUACAGUAUUAAAGAAACUAGGCUCUCAGCAAACCAGAGAGACCUUAAGUGUUGCAAUUGGCGUGACCUGUUGUAAUAUUUUCUGUGGCCUAGAUCUAGAAUAUCUGCUAUGUGUAAUGGCUUUGAGGACAGCGGUAGGUUGGUUUGAUUGGACACAGAUUUGCCAGGAAUGAUUUGAGACGGCAUGCUAAAGCCCUUCAUUUUAAAUAAUCUGUAGCUCUUGAAUGGUCACAGGGCACAAGGUUGUCUUUGAGGAAAUAAACAUUUGUUUACAAAACUUGAGACCAGUAGAAGUACUUAGAGGAUGGAAUUUAAACAACAUAAUGAAUUGAUGCACAGUUUGUUAGACAUUGACCUGCAGUGUCUGUGACCCAAGUGUUGCAGAUUGCGCUAUUGCAAGCAAACCUGGCAGUGAAAUUAACUAAAACGAAAGUGAAUCUGACUUGGGACCCAAUUCUGCAGCGGGAUCCAUGUGAGCAAAUCCUUGUUCCAAUGCUCAGUCCUACUGACAUGAGCCAGGCACACGGGUCUGCUCGCAUGGAGACUGGCCCUCGGGCUGUGUUGAUUGUCAACGCCAGGCGGAACCACUUGACGUAAAAAGCAAAUUAAGAAUUUUUUAAAUCUACAAGAGUUUCAUUUAUAAUAGACAGAGCAAAUAGUCAUAUUUGUCUUCUCUGACAUUGUCCACAAAUGGCUGUCUUGUUAGCAAAUGGAAGGUGAAAUUAUGACGUGGCUGCUUCUUCGUCUGUUCUAAUCAUUAACAGUUUGCCGAAGUUACUGCUGCUUCUCUCUCGAUCCCCUGGUGUGACUCUGCAGGCUCUUUAAUUGAAUGAGCUUCGUUCUCGUUACUCAGGUACUGUGCGUUUACCACAUCAAGCUAGUCAGCAGCGCCUUCCAAGGAAAACUCUUUCAGACACUCCAUUUAGAGACAUGGCCGCCGCUCACGUUCUUCUCCGGUGGUGGGCAGAAGCGAUGUCUUCUCUUGCGUUUCUCUGGCCUUUUUAUUACUCCGAAAGGCCUGUAUGGAAAAGGGAUCUUUGUUGCUUAACAGCUCGACUUGCACCUGCUGUUUAUUGCACCUGCUGUUUAUUCCUGCCUCACAUGUUCACAUCCAAAGUCAUAACCCCCGUUUUGUUGCCUUGUAACUAGCUGCUAGCAAGGGUUGCUCUCCCAACUGGGGUGGGGACUGUAACUUCAGGGGGCGGGAAAUAGAUGAAUAGACUUUUAAAAUGAGUACGGACUAUUAGAUCAUCUAGCCCAGGGGUGGCCAACCUGAGCCUGAGAAGGAGCCAGAAUUUACCAAUGUACGUUGCCAAAGAGCCACAGGCAUACAUCAGCAGCUCCCCACCCCCGGCUCCCAGCGCCUCCCACCCACCAGCAGCCCCACCGAUCAGCACCUCUCCCUCCCUCCCUGCACCUCCCGUGGCAUGCAGGAGGCUGGGGGGGAGGGGGAGGAGCGAGGGCACAGCAGGCUCAGGGGAGGGGGCAGGAAGGGGUGGAGAGGGGGCAGGGCCUGUGGCAGAGCCAGGGGUUGAGCAGUGAGCUCCCCCCAGCACAUUGGAAAGUUGGCGCCUGUAGCUCCAGCCCCGGAGUCGGUGCCUGUACAAGAAGCCGCAUAUUAACUUCUGAAGAGCCGCAUGUGGCUCCGGAGCCCCAGACUGGCCACCCCUGCUGUAGUCUGCCUUCAUGUAUAACCCAGGCCACAGGGUUUCACCCAGUCACCCAUGCACUGAGCCCAAUAGCCUGAAUGUGUCUUAAGCAUCUUUUAGCCGGAUGACAUUAGAUGGAAAAUCCACUAGUUCCCUUGAUAGAUUUUUCCAAUAGCUAAUCAUCCGCACUUGUAUAUAAAAUGCACCUUAUUUCUAGUUUCAGUUAAACGACAGGAGCAGAUUAAUUGUUAAGCAGCAAAGAUCUCCUCCCUGCUUAAUAAAAGCAAGGGAAGUGGGGGAUGAAUGGGGAGCAGAUGUUUCAACAGGAAUCUAUCCAGAUUGAACGUUUUUGUUCCGAGUCAUCACGUCCUAACAUUUUAAGCCUAAUUUAGGUCUCCGAUACUAUUGCAAUUUCCAGCGAGAUCUGUAGCAGCUUAUCAUUUUUGUGACACUUCCCUAGCAUAAUGGUAUAUGCUCGUUCUUUCCUUUUUUGUAAAGCUUUCGUUCAGUGCGAGUCCAAAAUUUCAAACCGAGAAUAAGCCUGUGGCGGGCGGUGUGGUUUAAACUGAGCCCACAUACUGACCUGUAUCUCUCAGGCAAUUAACCUGUCGUGUAAUACACGUCACCACUUAUUCAUUUCUAGUACCAGUCUAUUUUUCCUAAAAUUGCUCACAGACCAUAAAAUCAUAAAAAGUGGCAUAUUAGCUUAGAAAUGUCAUUUCAAGUCUGCCAUAAAGGAGCCUAUUUCCUUCCCUCCAUGAGAUAAUGGGAGGUGGUAAAAGUAUUAAAUAAUCUUGUGUGCCUCAUUAUUCACGGUUGAAAUUUUAGGUCCCUGAUAACAGUGUUACAUAAAUACAGAAAUCACUGUGUGGUAAAUGUUAAAAGGACACUGUCAAAUGCUUUUUCAUUUUUUAAAUGACCUAAAAGUAUUUUUUCUCCUUUUUUUUUUUUUCUUCAACAUCCUCUUAAAAGCGGGAGUAAAAUUUCCUUUGUUGCUGAUUGUUCUAUUUUGCAAACACUGAUUAUUUUUAUUUUUUUCUUCUCUGCACUUCUCUGCUAGGGAGGCUGUUAAAGCAAAAUGGUUUUUGUUCCCUUCCCCAAAGCCCAACUACAGUGUUGUAAGCGCAGCUCUGUAAAUACUCGUCUGCUGCAGAGCCGGUGGAGGGAGCAACACGUUGCCUUGAUGUAGGUCCUACAUAAACAGUUGUGGCUGUUGUUUCUUGACAGUGGAGUGGUUUAGAAUCCAGGGGAUAUUCCACAGUAUAAUAGUUUCCUGAUAUCCAGUAGGAUCCAGAUUAGGCCCAAGAUGCCUUUGCCAAUUUCCUCUGUAACAACAUACAGAAUUUCAAGCUACCACCUGCCUUACAGAAUGUCAAGCCCAUUGGGGACAGAAGAAAGGGGAAGUGAGUUUAAACGACUGUGUCCUUCAAGCAGGGACUGAUCACAGAAUCUGAGGAUUUUGCCCUUUUAUUUUUGUCCUUUUGCCUUUCCUUGAAGCAGCAAUUUACAGCUCAUUGGCACUAGACUGUUUCCUGUGCACAGGAACCUGCCGUUCCAAAUGCAGGAUUCUUCACUGGUCCAAAUCCAUUCAAAUCCAGCUCCCACCCUCCAAUAAAGCCCCGGUGGGCUUGGGUUCAGCUGGAGUCAGAAGCAGAGGAGGAGAUGUUUAAAGGAAUGAUUAGCCAUAUUCACAACGAAGGGAUUGACUUGCUUUUUCAAAACUCUUUUAUGUCCCUAGGGCCCGGGUUGGCUACCAAGUCCUUUUCCUUACCUAUAAAUAUUUUUGUAAAGGGAUAGAGCUUUUGUUUCUGUUGUUGUUGACGACACUAACUGUUGGAAAGCUGUUGAGCUGGUUAACCUAGGAGAAAAUGAGCAUUUAUUUGUGGGUUACAUAAAACGGACAGAACCCGGACUGCUGGGGUUGCUUUUGCAGCCAUCAGCUGAGGUGAACGUUUUUGUAGUUCGUCUGUUUCUUUUUUGCGUGCGUGUGUGUGUAUUUUUCUUAUUAGAAUUCUAAGGACACUGCAGAAUCGAUCUGCAAGGAGCCUGUGUUCCUGCAGUCAGUCUGUCAGUACUUUGUAGUUGGACUUAUUUUUUUUUUUUUAAACCAAAAAAAAAAAAAAAAAAUUACAAAUGGAAAGCUAAACUAGCAGAGGUUUUUAAAUAUUUUAUAUUAGUUCCUAAUGUAAAUUCUUACUUUGUUAUUGGAGUGCCAGUGCAGUCCACCUGCACGUGACUUUUGUAAUAUUUUUGUGAAUCACUAAACAUUUUUUCUCACGUGUAUUCUAAGUGCAUUAAACAUAUUUGCAUAA